UCUUUAUCCUGAAUAUCAAAUCGGAGAAUUCUCUAAUAUUGCUUUUUAUAAGUAAUUUCACCAGGAUACUCAACAAAGUGUGAAAAAUGCCUUACAAACAAGAACAUUUGCGCUUUUAUUAGAAUGAAAUUCAUACAAAGAGUUGUUUAAACUUCUGCUUCUGGUCAGUUGGCCAUGGUCAUAAUAAAGAGAUUUACCGUGGUGAGGACUCUGAUAUCACAGUCAAAGUUAUGUCUCCUAAAAAUACAAUAUAAUUGGUUCUAAUAUCUUGGCAUUCGGCUGUUAAAGUGAAACUGGUGUUAAUAUGCUUGACCUUAGAUUCAGAACUAGUCUACCAAUGGAGAUUUAAUGGUUUCCUUUAAAUUGACACUUGUUUUAAUGACCCACUAGCCUCGCUUCAAAGCCCACACAGCUCCACUGCAUUUAAGACUAAAUGUUAAAUCACUGCAGCAAUGGACACGCAAAACUUGACGUAUGCCUGCCACUCUUGUUUCCAGCUACUUGUUACUCUGGCUUCUAUCGGCCUUUAGCACAGUCACGUGAGAACCAUCCUUCUCACACCGCAGACCCAGUAAGGUGAGGAAAUAGGUGGAGUUUUCCCAACGUGGUCAUUUGCAAUGGAGAUGUCCCCGCAGAAGGGUUUUUAGCACAUAUCCGCCGUAAGACGGGUUUGCUUUGAGGAUUGCUGCGCUCAUUCAUCCCGCGCGUAAAGCCGAGCUGAGCCCUGUUGGCCCAGAGCGCACCGUUCUGCCGAGCCGUUUCCUUCUCGAUUCUGAUGCUGAUGGCCUCGUUAAGGCGACUAUUGCCCCUUUUCUCUGCAGGCCGCGGGGAGCCCUGCCACGGCCAUUUUCAUGGUCACACCACCUGCGGGCAUCCAGAGGUGGCAAACUAAACGAACCCGCGGGGAUUCCCAGGGUGGGAACGCUUGGUUUCUUAGCGCUGGAUAGGCGUGGUGUUUAAAACUCCAAAGAACAUCCCACCUCCGACUGUGCUGUUGUGUGUCCUGUAACAUCAGAUGAUUAAAAUAUCGGGGGUGGGGGCAACGGGGGCAACUUUAACCUCAUCGCAAACACACACACACACACACACACAUAGAUCCAGGCAUAUUUGUAACAUGUGUGCAAAGUAUUGCAGCAUUGCGAAAAUGUAUGAGUACUCAAGACAUGUUUUCAACAAAUGGAAUGAAACAUCUUUGCCAUAUUUUGCUGAAUUCAACAAUUCGAGCUUCCUUUGCAUGAGUAGGCCGUGCGCACUUCAGGAAUACCCAAGACCCCUCCCUGCCCCCCCCCUCCCCCGAUCUAUGAGCUUGCCUCCUUUGCGCCCCACGGCGAGAGACCACUCUGAUAGGUCCAGAGGGUCAAUGGGACUGGCCUGCAGGACAGUGGUCUCCCAAGGAUAUAAAGCCUCAGCCCUCCUAUCCGCAACUAGUCGUUACGCGAGGUUUGAGAAGAGCCGGGCUGUUGGUGCGCCUUUACGCACGAAUACGGGCCUCUUGGUUUUUACGCUCGGCAAAACUAUUCAUGCAUCUUUAGGCUCAGUUGAGUUAAACGCGGGUUUUUUUGUCUCUCCACAUUCUGCGGGUGAACAUGACUCUGUCAAGUGAGUUUGAAGCUUCUCAACACGCUACUUUGCCUUUGGAAGAAGAUGAGAUUGACAUAGUGGGGGAGGAUGAGCCCACUACCCACUAUCGAAACGAGUGCUCCACGAGGCACGGGUCCUCGGCCGAAUCCGGUGCUGAAUUUGACUCCUCGGAGCCGGACUCCUCGGGGGAGAGCGAGAACAGUUUCUGCGCAGACGCGCCGGCGUCCAGGAAGGCGCAGAGCAGCUCGGUAAAGCCCCCCUACUCUUACAUCGCCCUCAUUACCAUGGCCAUCCUGCAGAGCCCGGUGAAGAAACUGACGCUGAGUGGCAUCUGUGACUUCAUCAGCAACAAGUUCCCCUACUACAGAGAGAAGUUCCCCGCGUGGCAGAACUCCAUCAGGCACAACCUCUCCCUCAACGACUGCUUCAUCAAGAUCCCGAGGGAGCCGGGGAACCCUGGCAAAGGUAACUACUGGUCCCUGGACCCCGCUUCAGAGGACAUGUUUGACAACGGCAGCUUCCUGCGGCGAAGGAAGCGCUUCAAGAGAAACCAGCCCGAGUUCGGCAAAGACGGACUUAUGUUCUAUUCCAACCUGAACUGCUUCCGGCCGUACGGUCAACCCUACUGCGUGCAGGGCCAAGUAAGCCCCCCGCCCGCUGCUGCCAUCCGCUACGUGCCUCUCCAGGAGGGCAUUAUGAUGCCUCCAUCCUCCUACCCCCUUUUGCCACAUACGUUGAACAGUCACGCGAAGUGCAGCGGGCCGAAAGACUUCAGAGCGCAGCUUUGCGCAACGCAGCCCGCCGAGCCAAAGCCUGGCCCGCAGGCGAGGUGCUCCUUCAGCAUUGACAGCAUCAUGAGCAAACCCUGCCUGCAGAAGCCCAGCCUGCAGCAGGGCCCUCGUUGCCCCCUUGGGUACGGUCACCUCAUGACGCGCCCCGCCACUUGUUUGGUUCCAACUCUCCUGCAGGCUGCCAGGACUCCGUUCUGCGCCCCGGUCGCGCUGAGCACUCCUUCUUUAGGGAACGAGCACCCCAGACUCUCCUACCAUCUCUGUUGAAGCCUUGUCGCGGUGUCGGUUUGUCUUGGAUGUGGAGACACGGUGGUGUGGCUCGUUUCUUAAAGAAAUGUUUUGAUUGCAUGAUAUUUAUGUGCGUUGACAUUCAAAGUUAUGUCUUUAAAAGAAGUCUUUAUAUAAGAAGAAUGGUAAUAUAUAUAUAUUUGUGAGACUUGUUGCAGUUUAUUCCAUCGUUGUGUUUGUGUUGGUAAUUAAUGUCGAAAUAAAUGUCGGAAAAAUAUCUGUGAUGUUCCAAGGAUUUUUUUCAGUUUGGGAUCCGGGCAGAGUGGAAUCACUUUUUGAUUAUUGUUAUUAUAACACCUGCCUACUAGUCAAACCACCUGGUAUUC